AUGUGGCCAUCGACGAGCGACAAUCCAGAGACGUUUGCGUCCUUCAAGCAGAUCUACUAUCGGCCAAAGGUCAUGCUCCUCAUUCUCACCUACCUCGCCUUCAAUGCAAGCACGACAAGGCAAGCCUCCGCCCUCAGAUCGACCGUGCCGGCAACCAAUGGCAAUGACGGGCUCGCAAUGACCUCUGGCACCGUCACCGCUCCUGCGCUCUAUGCAGCCCAGCAGAUCGCACCGACAGCCUCACAUCCUAGCGAGAAGCUACGUGCAAGCCCCAAGCAGGUCAUGCCAAGGCGGCGGACGAGCGGAAGUACCAUAGCCGCCGUCGAUCAGCCUCGUAGCGCCUUGCCAGACAUCGCAGUCAGCUUGUUCUCGGAGACUUCCCGAUCUCGGACCUCGUCAGUAGCCCAACCUGAAGACACUUCAGUCUCGCUGUACGAGUCUUGGCUGGAAGUGCUCAGAUCGCUACCGUGCGCUCAGCCCGUCUGGAUCCUCUUUGCUGUCCUACAUGCCAUGUUUCUGCUCGAAUGGGCCUGUCUUGAAGCCGAAGACGAGCUCAUCAAGCGAUCUGUCACUACCACGAGCGAGCGCGAGCAUCAGAAAAGCAGACUCGCGCACCUUUCCAAGUACUGGCGCGCCAAUCUCAGACCUAUACUAGGCAUGAUCGCCGUUAUCACCAUUGCUGCAAGCGUCUUGGCCGAGUGUACAGCUAGCUCAGAUACUGAAGUCCCAUUCAUGCGCUAUCUGGGGCCGCCUACCGCUCGCUUGGAACACUCUGGCGACUUUGCCGCGCUUUUCCGACCGAUCAGAUUCGUCGUCGCGUUAGAAGCCCUGACUGCCAUGUUGGCGCUCUUGCAACCGCUCAAGCACCUCUUGCCGCAUUCUAUCAUGCCCCCGUUCGUCUCUGCAUCCCUCUUCACGCCGUCCAUCAGUAGGACAGACCCGCUCGUUCUGCGCGAGAGGCAACGCGGCUUCUUUGCACAACUCACGCGCAAACGCGAAAUUGCACUCGACGAUGUCGAAGUCGAGAGCAAGUACCUCGUAGGCCAAUUCGUCGAACUCGUCACCGUCGGAACCUGCGCAGCCCAAUGCACCAUCAUCUUCUUCGCACUUCACUACCAUUCGCCCGUCUCGCUCGCGACUAUUCCCGCAUUCCUCUAUCUCAUGUCGAUGCGUGGUCUUGCAGCAUCAGUGGCCAACAUCUUCAGAUCUACUCGCAGAACAGUGCACUGUCUCCGUGUCGUCCUCGCCGCCUUCCCAUUGUCCCAGGAUGGCAAGCAAGAGCCGGACAAAGACUGGCUAUGCUCGAUCUGCUUCGAGGGCUGCGACUGGAAGCAGCGACGAUGCAAAUUGCAUUGCUCGCAUAGCUAUCAUGCCCAAUGUCUCAUACAGUGGCUCUAUCGAGCUUCGACGUGCCCUGUCUGUCAUCAAGCCGUCAUGCCGUCGCGGCAGCAAGCAUCGGAGUCAUCUGCACCCGCAGUUCCUGCGGAGCGUCCGCCGCCCCUACAACCAAUACAAUAA